CUGCUGGGAAACUACGAACUCGACAAACCGCCAUCUUUCUUUAUAGAGAGUUAGUAGGGCAAAUAACAACUACUUUUGCAUGAUUAUUUCCCCAAAAUAGACUCGUUGAAGCAAAUCCACUUGGUCAGUUAUUGCAAAUAAUAAGUUAAAGAGGAGCGGGUGGAGCGGAAUUCCAGAUAUUGGGCAUAUAUCAGACACAAGACACAGUAGUUUGUUGUAGGCGCUCGACUAGUGGAGGUGGUCGACAUGGGCCGAUCUCGGAGUCGCAGCUCUUCCCGGUCCAAACACUCCAAAAGCAGCAAACACAGCAAGAAGCGGAGCCGGUCGCGGUCCAAAGACAGGGAGAGGUCCAAGAAGCGGUCAAAGUCCCGAGAAGCGAAAAGGAACCGUCGCAGAGAAUCUCGUUCUCGUUCCCGGUCUACCACAGCGUCGUCCCGCAGAGAGAGAGCAGCCUCGCCGCCGGAGCGCAUCGACAUCUUCGGCAGGACGCUGAGCAAGAGAAAUGCUCUAGACGAGAAGGCGAGGAAGGAGGAAGAGGAAAGAAGGGCAGAAAUGGAAAGACAAAGGAAGAUCCGGCAGCAGGAGAUCGAGGAGAAGCUGAUCGAGGAGGAGACGGCGCGGCGGGUGGAGGAGCUGGUGGCCAAGCGGGUGGAGGAGGAGCUGGAGAAGCGCAAGGACGAGAUUGAGCGGGAGGUGCUAAGGCGCGUCGAGGAGGCCAAGCGCAUCAUGGAGCGGCAGCUGCUGGAGGAGCUGGAGAAACAACGGCAGGCAGAGUUGGCGGCACAGAAGGCCAGAGAGGAGGAAGAAAAAUCUAAGCGGGAGGAGCUGGAAAAAAUCCUGGAGGAGAAUAACCGCAAGAUCGCCGACGCUCAGGCCAGGCUGGCUGAGGAGCAGUUGCGUAUUG